AGGGAAACCAGGAGUGACAUUUUGCCUCUAGUCAAAUUGACUACAAUUAGAAUUGCGAAGUCUUUAUUGCCAAAAAAUCACGAUGUCUCUUCUCAAUUCAUCGAGAAGAAUCUUAAAUACAUUCACUCAAAUCCUCUUACCCAAAAAAAGGAAUAUAUAUCAUGGAGUCGCCAUGAGCGAAACUCCAGAAGAGUAUAUUUGUAAGUACGUCUGUUUUUUCAAUAGAAUUGAUAUCGAUGGCUGGGAUAUCAGACAAGGCAUGAAUGAUUUAGCCGGUUAUGAUGCAGUUCCCGAUCCCAAGAUUAUUAUUGCUGCACUGAUGGCAUGUAGGCGAAUAAAUGAUUACGCGCUGACAGUCAGAUUCUUGGAAAUGGUGAAAGAUAAAUGUGGUGAUAAGGUUAAAGAAUUUUAUCCCUAUAUAUGCCAGGAAGUAGGACCAGUCGUUCUAGAACUGGGGUGCGAUUUUCCAGAAGAUCUAGGUUAUGAUAAACCAGAGUUAUGGAUGAAAUCAAUUUAUGACAUUCAUUCUAAGGAUGAUGAUUGAUGAUAUUUAUGUUUAAUGUUCAUUAUUGAAUUACUACCAUAUAUUUGUUAUUUAUCAAUAAAAAAUACUUUUCUUGCACAAUUUAAAUCAA